UAAAAAACAAACGCAUCGCCGGCAUAUUUAACUUCUCAUCGUUCCUAUUCCCAACACCGGGGAUCUUCCCAACUCUCCCUCCGGUGAGCAACUGACAGAUCGAUCAACUCUCCUACUCGUAUUCACGGCUCCAUCUAACGCAAUCGCCAUCUCUCUUUCUCUCUCUCUCUCUCUCUCUCACACACACACACACACCGGCGAUCUUCCGAUCUCACCAGCCCCACCUCCUCCGCCUCUUGAAGAUUAUCAAUGUGCUCAACUUAUGUUCUACCUAAACAAAUGCACCCAUCAAUGUCAUCUUCAUCAUUAUCUUCUUUUUUGGCUCCGGUAUUUUCUUGUGAAACGUGGAAACGUGAUGUUUUUCUCAGUUUUAAAAGAAAUGAUACUCGCAAGACUUUUGUGGAUCAUUUCUACCCAGCUCUUGUACAACAAGGAAUCUACACUUACGGGGAUGAAAAGACAUUUUCUUAAGGUGAACUGAUCGGUCUAUCCCUUAUGAAGGCUAUUCUGAGGAAUCACAGAUUGUCGUCAUCGUAUUCUCUAAAAACUAUGUAGAUUCAUAGCGUUAUUUGGAUGAACGUGCAUAUAUUAUGAAGUGCAAGGAUACAAGUGGGCAGAUUGUUAUCCCCAUCUUUUAAAUUGUCAUCCCAAUAUUUUAUGAUGCGGAUCCUAUGUACUAACGAAAUCAAAAAGAAAAUAUAGAGAAACAUUUGUCAAACAUGAGUUAGAGGACAAAAACAAAGUUGAAACUUGGAGUCUUGGAGAAAAACAAUUGUGGAUACAAACAUGAGUCGGAGACAAAAACAAAGUUAAAACUUGAAGAAAAGCAAGUGUAGAUACAAAAAUGAGUUGAAGAACAAAAACAAAGUUGAAACUUGAAGAAAAGCACUUGUGGAUGCAAGUAACCUCUAUGCAUGAGAACUCAAGCAUGGAUCAAAGUGCAUCAAAGAAAUUGAUAUAAUUUCGACUUACAACCGUAAAUUAACACCCGAGUGGAAUAGAAGCUCGCAACAACAUUUGAAAUGAAAGUUUUAAUGGUGU